CUGUAAACAGAGACGCGCAGAAUGGGAAUUGUCAGCUUCAACCCACCCCCUCACAGCAGAAGGGGAUGGGAUGGAAUUGUGGAGAUGGAAGGAAUUUUGCACAAAUGGACUAACUACUUAUCGGGAUGGCAGCCUCGCUAUUUUGUCCUGGAUGGUGCCAUCCUGUCCUACUACGACUCUCAAGAUGACGUUGGUAAAGGAAGCAAAGGGAGCAUUAAAAUGGCAGUGUGCGAGAUCAAAGUGCAUGAUGGCGACAACACUCGCUUGGAUCUCACCAUCCCAGGUGAGCAGUGUUUCUACCUCAAGGCCCUGAAUGCUGCAGAGAGGCAGAAGUGGCUCGUCGCUCUUGGAACAGCUAAGGCUUGUCUCUCGGACGGUCGGACCAAAAAGGAAAAAGAGCUAAAUGAUGCUGGACGGUGUCUAAAGUCAAAGAUGUCAGAACUUCGACUUUACUGCGACCUACUCUUGGAGCAGGUCCAAAAAAUCCAACAGUCAGUGCAGCCGGGUGAGGAAAGCCAGACUCCAGAUACACAGAAAAUGACUGAGGCAUCAUCUUUAUUGAAAGAGACUUGCCGCCAGUUUUUAGGCUCCUUGGAGGAAUGCAUGUGCAUUGCCGACAGAUGCGUGGCUGCUGAUCUUCUCCAGCCAUCGCCACCGGAGUCCCUAGUCUCUCCUGUACGCCUCAGCUUAAGACGGAUGAGACGAUCUGCUAGCCACGCUGGAGCUGUUCCCGCUGACAGGGUGACAGAGGAGGUGCCAGGGUCAUGGAUUAGCACCCAGAACAGCGGUGAAACAGUGUUGCGCAGCCUGGAGGAGAUGGUGGCCUUUCGUGCUCAACGUCGGAUGACCCAUCGGUCCAUAAGUGACGGCUCACCAGACAUAGAAAAAGAAGAAAAAGACUUCCUUCCCUCAUCAUCCUCCCCAGUGCCAGAGAGUGCAGAUGAACAUGGACUGCUGCCCUGCUCGUAAGACAACUUGUGGUUAUUACUCGUGAAGAUGGGCAAACGGUGCUAGAGUGCCAUCUCAUUCUUCAUGGCCUCCUCACUGACUGCUUCAUUGGAAAUUAGAACUUGAGCAGUUCAGUGCCUAACUUGAGUCAGCUCUGGACACCUUGUCUACUCACUUUGGGUCAGUCGUGGGUUUGCCUUAAACAAACUUCAUUACUCAUAGAUACACCAGGGAGUCCAAAGGUGUUACUGAGCUCCUCUUCAAAGUGCAGACGUCCACAAAGUUCUUUUCCAUCGUUCAUCCUUUUUCUGAACCUAAGAGACAGAACGGACAGAGACACAGCUGGACAGGAGGCCGGCCCAUCUCACAUAAUUUCCACUGUAAACAAGAGAAGAGGACAAUUAUAAAGGUUUGGGAAGUCCACCCAUAUAUUGUCGCUACCAACAAAAUAUGGUCACGAGUAGUCAUGAUGAGUGGUGGGUUCAUUCUUAUAUUUUCUUGGCAGGAAGAGGCGGGAUAGGAAGGGAAGUGAGGUCAGUAGUGGGGUGUGGUCUGGAGCCAGAAUUGGGUGGAGUUUUUUAAAUCAGUUUUUCCUUCUGAAGGUCUGUGGAAAAGGGAGGAAAGGCAUCAGUGCUGGUCAUCAACCCCAGUCUCUGUUGCUUACCCACAGCUAAACCCUUAGACUGCCUCGCACACGCAUGUGUGUGACCACAUUUAUUCACUUAACAGAUGCCUUUGUCCAAAGCGACUUACAAAUGAUGUCCACAUAAUCAGUAAAACAUCAGAGAACAAGUGAUACAGGACAAGGGUACGACGUUGAUCAUCACAAAAGAAGA